AUGCCUCAGCCGAUCCCCCCACCGCACACGCCUCAGGCUGACGCUGUGGGUGCUGGCCUGCCCACCCACUCAGCCUACAACGCCACGCCCGCCACCGGUGCACCCACACCUGCCGGCGCCGCCCCCAAGACGACGCCCACGAAGUCGACGCUCAAGGCCCUGCCCACGGUCCGCGACCACACUACAGAUCAGCUCAACGAGACAGGUGAUGAGUACAUCCCCCGUGAGUAUGACGAAUUCGGUGAGAAGAAGGUGAUGCAGAAUGGCCAGCUUCAGGGCGGCCGGACCUACAGGUGCCGCACCUUUCUGGUGCCAAACAGGGGCGAUAAGCUCUUCAUGCUCGCCACCGAGUGCGCCAGGGUCCUCGGUUACCGCGACUCGUACCUGCUCUUCAACAAGAACAGGUCCCUGUACAAGAUCAUUGCCAGCCAGCCGGAAAAGGACGACUUGGUCUCGCAGGAGAUCCUCCCCUUCUCGUACCGCUCGAGGCAGAUUGCCAUCGUCACGGCCCGUUCCAUGUUCCGCCAGUUUGGCAGCAGGGUCAUCGAGGGCGGCCGCCGCGUCCGCGACGACUACUGGGAGCAGAAGGCCCGCAAACAAGGCUUCACCGAGGCCGACCUGGCCGGCGAGAAGCGUCCCGGAGCGGCCAAGGCACGCGAAGCUGCCGCCGAGGCCCAGAACGCCAUCUUGCCUCCCGGCCCUCACACUGAGAUAGUCUACAACAACAACCCGGCGGCCUACCCCGGCCCCCCGCAGCCCCCUCUUGUCCAACCAGAUCUGGCCGACGCGAGGCCGCGCGACUACAGCGGCAUCAUCAAGGGCGGUCCUCGCCAGGAGAUUACCGGUCCCCCGUACCAGGACCAGACGCGGCCCUCGCCCCUGGGUGAGGUCCAGUCCCAGGCCUCGCACGCCGCCGACUUUAACCGUUCCGUCAACCAGCAGCGCGGCAUGCGCAACGAGUAUCUUCAGGAUAUCUGGCGUCGCCCGCACGAGCAGCCCCCGACGAGCCUGGGUUCCAGCGAUCCCGUCGUCCCAUCCACGGCCGGCCGUCCCAACACGUCACCUCACGCCACCACCGCCGCCAGCGGAAUCUCUCAGCCGCCCGUCGUGUCAUCCCAGAGCCCGCAGAUGAUGAUGACCGGUCCGCCCUACUCGCAGUCGAUCCAGGCCCAGAGCACCCCCGGACACCAGCCCCCACUCAGAGGUAAAGCUGCCACUGCUACUCCUGCCUCUUCUCUCCCUGACAUGGCGCCUACUACCCUUCUGCCCAAGGGCAUCCUGCCUGCACUCAAUGCUAACAGGCUCGUCACGGCAGGCUCCACCAGCAGCAUCGGACAGGGAACCCCCGGCUACAACUACCAAUCCGGACAGAUGUGGUCGCAGACGCCCCAGACACCCCAGCACAGCUACGGAAGCUAUAGCGGGGCCCAGGCCCAGGCCCAGGCCCAGCAGCAGCAGCAGCAGCAGCAGCAGCAGCAGCCGUCUCACCCGUCGCAGUCGCCGGCCUCCCAUCUCCGACAGCCGAGCUCGGGCCAGAUGCAGCCCGGCAGCAUGCAGUUCCCCAGCAUGGGUGGCAUGCAGUACGGCGCCGCCGGCGGCACCAUGUACCCAGCCGAGCAGACACCCAGGCAGUACAUGCCGCAGACGGCGCCAGGCAGCGCCCAGUGGUCCAGCCAGCACCCGCCUCCCCAGCAGUGGUGGGCUCCGCAGCAGCAGCCUCAGUAG